AUGAAGUUCCUAACCACAAACUUUCUAAAAUGCUCCGUCAAGGCCUGUGACACCAGUAACGACAACUUUCCGCUACAAUAUGAUGGCAGCAAAUGUCAAUUGGUACAGGACGGAUCUAUCGAGUUCAAUCCAGAGUUCCUUCUGAACAUUGUCGAUCGUGUAGACUGGCCUGCAGUUCUGACAGUUGCCGGCGAGUUAGGGAACAACGCCUUGCCCCCUGUCAAACCCUCUUUCCCAUCAUCGAUCGAGGAACUCACAGAUGAUGACAUGGCCAUCUUAAAUGAUCUGCACACAUUAUUGCUACAGACUUCUAUCGCUGAAGGUGAAAUGAAGUGCAGGAAUUGCGGCCAUAUCUAUUACAUCAAGAAUGGCAUUCCCAACUUGCUGCUACCCCCACACCUGGUAUGA